GGAAAUAGACAUUGAGACCAAUGUACUUUCAAGAUUAUUGCAUUAUUAAUGGAACCAGACCGUUGACAUAUUCUCACACCCCAUGAUAUUGACGAAAUCGUCGUCGAAACGGGCAGCCCCGGACCGAUCAUGUUGGUGCGCUUGAAACUACGGAAAAGUUAGCAGACGGAAAAUCUUUUGCGGAAUUUUGCCAGUUCAAAGCACGAUUUCGUCGCGGAAAGAGAAAAAUAAUCUCUGGCAGCGAUGCAGCUUGUUGUUUAAUGCAUUUCGAUUCGCCCCAGGGUAUCGUUACACUUUGAUUCGGACCUGUUUUGACGAAAUCUUCAACUGAACAGCGGCUUCUCUGCGUAAACAUCGUAGCGUCCCGCUGAAUUGUUUGGAAAAAGAAAAUCUCUCCCCAGGUAAAUUGCUGUGCAUUAGCGUAUACGAUUCACGUGCAAAAAUGUCACCUGGGUGCAGAGGUUUUCUGGUUCCGGUCAACCGGGUCAAGUUUUUUUCGUUGACGGUAUACACACACGCAUUCGACCCUUAACCAUAAAGCUCGCUUAAGAGCUCCCUAAUAUGAGGAAGGCUCAGGCCUUGAUAGGGAGCUCUUCGUUAAUAGGGCUGGUGAGCGAGAAGACUCGAUGGGGGGGGGGGGUAUAUAGUUAGGAUGGUAUCAGGCUGUUUCGCUGCAUUGCCAGUUCGCUACCAGUCGUUUCGCUACAUGUGGCGGUCGUUUCGUUACAUGAUUAUUCAAAAAUAAUGACAUGGCUAGGUGCGAACCAAGAUAUGUUGACUGGAAAUCUGAGGUCCAGGAAUUUGCCAAAGCUGUAAAAAGUGGCAGAUCAGAUAGGCGAAGUGAUUCGUCUGCUCUGGAUUCAAUACGGAUAGAAAUAGAAGUCUAUUCUAGCAACAUCAAACAGCAGAAAUACGACAUUAGCAAAUGUGCAGACUCGUCGAAAAAACGUGGCCAUCUCCGACAAAAGAUGGAAAAAGAAAAGAAAAAACUUGCAGCAGUCAUUGAGUUGUACACUUCGAAGUCUGGUGAGGAGAUUGUGAUUGAAGAUGUCACUAAGGAAGAUUACAUUUUCCCUUGGGAGCAAUGUUCAGGUUACGCUGUCAUGUCCUACUCUUUGAAGAAGAAACUGGUGGACAUUCAUGAACAUAUUCAUCGAUAUCAGGAAGAGAAGCUUCUCCUUGUUCGUGAAAUGAAGGCAGCUACGUCUUACCUGACAGGGCGAGUGAUCAGCCUUAAAGAGAUGCUGAAGGUGGCAGAUAGAAGUCCUGAUGAGUUUGCAAAUUAUCUAGAUAGGGAUGAGGCGUACCAUUUAACCAGUGCAAACGAUAGAGUAAUCCGCGGUGCUAUGGUGGAGAUACGUGGAACACUGGAGUUCUAUAUAGAUCUGCUCGAGCAGAGUGCCAAUGUAUUCCAUACGGUCACGCGUGACGAAGAAUAUCUGGAAACGUUUGACAUUCUUUAUCAGGAGGAUGAAGAAGAAGAAAGGGCCUAUGAGUGUGAGAGUAAUGAUGAUGACGAUGACGAUGAUGAUGAUUUUGUUGAUGAUGAUGAUGAUGAUGAUGAUGAUGGAAAUAAUGAAUAGAGCAGUCAAAUACUGGUCAUCGUGCUUCUGCUCUAUGAAUGGUCUCAGUCUAAGGCAGCUUGUAGAGUGUCUGGCUGUCGGAUGUAUGGAAGGGUUCUCAUGGACCUGGAUGGCCAUCUAGCACGAUGCCACAGCAGUGUGUCAAGGAGGCAACAUGACCAGCUACCUGAAUGCAGCCAAGGUGCUGCAACUGAAAUGCUCUCCAGAAGUAUGAAGUGUAAGAAUGUGGAGACAUGUGAGGUGCGAGGCUGCCGGAGUAAUGGCCUUAUAAGAACACUGACACGACAUUUGAAAGAGGUGCAUUCAAUGUCGAGGAUAGAGUAUGCUGCCUACAAGAUUUUCAUGACUUUACAGAUCAAACAAUCCACCUACGGCUAUGAGCACCAAAAGAGGAAUACAAAGCAAUUGGAUCAGUGGGAAAGAUUAAGCGGAAUUUACCCGAUGCCAGUGGAUCAGCAAGUGUCAUCCAUGAAGCCAAUCAAGAGCAUCCUUUCAGACACUGAGAAAGACUCCUCUAAUGAGACAGAGAUAACUGUAAGGAACUGGUUGGAUAUAGCUCAAGAGAGCUACAUCAGCGCCAACGUUACGAAGGAGGUUUGCCCGGUGUUUGGAGAGAUUGGAGAGGAGUGCAUAUUUAUGGUGAAAGUUGAGUCUAGAUGGGGGGCACUCAUGGACAAAACUGAUACCAGGAUUUUUAGGGGUCAAGGAGUAGGGAAGCAGGUGAUUUGUUAUACUUUGCACCUAAGAAAGAGAUUUUGUGAUGCAAUUGAGAAACAGAGGUAUGUAGAUGAAUUCAAGAACAGCAUAGAAAAUAACAUUUUUAUAAUGUCCUUUGGAUCCUCUGGCAAGCAGUUUACGUAUCCAUGUUCAGCAUGUAGAUAUUUCCACAAAAUGGAUAGGAUCAGCAUGUUGUAUUCUUGGAGGGAGUUGGAAACCUCGAAGCUCUUGGAUGCAAUUCUCUUUUUUCAUCAAUGACUUGGAUCAACAAAACACUCGAGACAUCACAGCUAUGAACUUGAAACUUGGUGCAUAUAACCCCCUAUAUCAGAUAACCUCUGGUGCUGAAUUUCAGUCCGAUUUGAUUCUCAACUUGGCCACCCGAAUGUGGAUAUCUAAAAAGUGUGAUAUCUCGCUUAUUAAUGACUUGUUUUCGAUAAGAACUUUUGUGGUAGGUACUCAUAGCAAGGAUACAUCAUAUAUCUUAUUCAAAAAGAUUUGAAUGACUGGUACAUGAUUGAUUGAAUGAUUGAUUAUUUGGUGCAUUAACAUGAUUGAUUGAUUGAUUGUCUAGAAAGCAAAUUUUACUAUGUACAUGUACACACAAUGUUUUUCCUAUCCUAAAUUUAUUAUGAGAUGGGCUUUGCAUUUUGAUGGAACAUAUGUUGUUGGAACUUGCAAAUAAA